UGGAGUGAACAAAUUCGUGAACCUUUAAUUUACUCGGCCGAUUUCUGACCCAAUCGGACCUUGGCCAUGCUUACGCUCCCCUAUAAAUACAUUUAAGAGAACCGCUACUUAUCAGCCGGGCCGACAUAUGGACAGUGUACAGCCCGGUGGAGCCCUCCCCGGGGACGAUCUCUCCUCCCUAUCUUCGUCCCCUGUCACUAUCUUUUCACGGUGGACCUUCGCCGUUUCGCGGCGUUGCCAGCACCUGCUGGACAAGACGGUUCCGCAUAUCCUUUACCGAUGGAUCGCCUGUCUCUUCGUUGCUUUCAUCUACGCCGUGCGCGUGUACUUCGUCCAGGGUUUUUACAUCAUCACCUACGGCCUCGGCAUAUAUAUGCUUAACCUCUUGAUAGGGUUUCUCUCUCCGCAGAUUGACCCCGAGAUCCAUGACGGGCCUACCCUCCCUACCCGUGGAUCCGACGAGUUCCGCCCCUUCGUUCGCCGCCUUCCCGAGUUCAAGUUUUGGUACUCUAUUACCAAGGCUUUCUGCAUUGCUUUUCUCUUGACAUUCUUUGAUGUCUUUGAUGUACCUGUCUUUUGGCCAAUACUCCUUUUCUAUUGGCUGUUUCUGUUUGUUCUCACCAUGAGGAGGCAGAUAAUGCACAUGGUCAAAUACAGAUAUGUUCCAUUCUCUUCUGGUAAACAGCGAUAUGAUGGAAAGAAGGUACCUUCAACUGACAGCAUGAGCCUUCCCAGAGAUUGAAUUCCUAAGCUCAGUGGACGGGGACACAUUUAGGGGCUAAUGGAGGCUUGCUUAGGCGUUGGUGUCCUGAUUCUUCUGGUGGAAGAAUAAUCACUGGUAUGUUCUGUUUUUGGGACCAAGUGGGACGCUCGAGAUUUGUUAUGUACACUGGCUGUUAUUAGUCAUCGAAUCUGCCAAAAACUCGGAAGGGGAAUGAAGCUUCGAGGAUUGCGAAAUAAUUGUGUUACAAGAAAUUAGGAAGUACUUUUACUACACAAAUGUGAAUUCAUUUGCUUUCAUUAUUAAAGGGCUCUACAUGUAGAAAUAUUCUCAAGUUUUUAGGGAGAAUCUCUCUCUCAUUUUCAUUUAUGUGGCGCAGUCCUUGUUUCUUCUUUCUACCGAGUGCGUGUGGCUUCCAUUGCCCUUUCGGGCAGGGGAAGUUCCUUCCCUAGCCCAAUGUCAAUUCCUCCUGCCCCCCUCCCCUCUCUUCCCUCUGCUAAAGGGUGGGUGUAUAUGUUACUUUUUAGUGGUUUUGGUUGCAGAUCUGGUGCGGUACUUACGGACUCCUUUGGAUCUGCUUGUGCCAGUUUGCCGUCGAUGGUUGAUCAUGGCAUUGGUUGAUCUAUUUUCCUUUGUUGGGUGCGUGUUUAGGCUAUGGGCAUGGGCUUCAUCUAUCGAUUUGAAGGAGGUCACCCCGAGGGUAAAAUGUUAGCCUCCAGACUGUGGCUUGCCGCUUUAGCUAUAAAAGAUUGAGAAGUCAUAAGGGCUAUGCCUUCCUGUUUUUCCCCAUCCGUCUUUAUGAUUCUCGACUUCCAUGGUCUAGCGCGUGCUAUUGUUAUGGUUCAAGGUUGUUUAUUUGUUUGUUGCGUGGAUCUUGGAGAGUUGUCUUGCUUAGGACUUUCUGAUGUAGGCGUUUCAGCCGUGUAUGCAUUUGGUUGUGGUUCUUCAACAUGCUGCAACCCCCUCUCGGUGAAUUGAAUAAGUGGCGGCACUGAUCUUUCCUUAUAUAGGUUCUUGGGUCCGGUUGUUAUAUCCACUUCAACUAGAUUUUCCUGUGGGCUCUGAUUUUUAGUGGGCUAGAGUAGGUUCUUUGGAUAGGCUUCUUGUCUUUUGGUCAUGGGUUUCUUUGUAUUGGGCUUUUAAGCUCCCUUUAAAUGAAUCCAUAUAGCAUUUGAAAAAAGAAAAAAGCUAAAAAUGUAUUAUUUAAUAUUUUGAGUA